UAAAAGUCCAAUUUUAAAAAUAAGUUUAACAGAUUCAACUUAUGGCUUGGCACUUUAACAGUCGAGUGUUCUUAUUGUGCGAUCUUUUGAAUUGCUAGGACAUGGUGUUAGUGUUGAUUGUUGCGCUGUGCGCCCUGUACCUCCUGCUUCGCACGUGGCUGUAUGUCCUGUGGAGUCGUGGAGUGGGAGAACUUCCCAAAGGGCCCUGGCCAGUUCCCUUUCUCGGUGACGGCUUGAAGAUCGACGGUGCAGCACCAUUCCGCACGAUGGAAAAAUGGGUUAAAGAAUAUGGCAAAGUGUACACCUUGUUAUUUGGCCACAAGCUUAUUCUGGUCAUAGCGGAUAUAAAUGUAUUGAAGAAAGCUUUUCGCGACGAUAAGUUUGCUGGGAGACCACGUGAUACCUGGGCGCUGGUUUGGGACGCUACCAAGCUGCCUUUAGGGCUUGCGGAGUCCGAGGGAUCGGUAUGGAAGGAGCAUCGACGUUUCUCGUUGCAUGCUUUACGUGAUUUUGGUUUUGGCAAAGAAAGUGGCGAGUUGUACAUACGACAGGAGACCACAAAAAUGUUGAAAAUUCUCGAAUCAAGCAAUGGGCAGCCUAUGGAUAACAGUCUACUUUUUGCAACCGCUGCAUCCAAUGUAGCAGCCUACAUGAUGUUCAGCGACACUUUCAACUCGGAAGAUCCGCGCUUCAUCCAUUAUCUGCAAGAUGUGGCACGUAAUUUCCGAGAAAUGCCCAACGCGGGAAUUUUGGAGAUCUUUCCAUCGUUGAAAUUCGUGCCGCCGUUUUCCUUUACAAUUUCCAAAUUUCAAGCUCGUGUCAAGCAGCAAGUCACAGUAUUACAAGAUCUUGUUGAGGAACAUAAAAAAUCUUUCGAUCCGGACCAUCUUCGCGAUUAUAUUGACGCUUUUCUCGCUCUACAACAGAAAAAUUCACCGACAUUCACGGAUGGUCAGUUGAUUGCUGAUUUGACAGAUCUUUUUGCCGCUUCUAUCGAGACAACCGCUACAUAUCUACGUUGGGCGAUUCUGUUUGUCAUUGCGUAUCCUGGAGUUCAACGGAAAAUUCAAGCGGAAAUUGAUGAUGCUGUCGGACGUUCCAAACAGAUUGUGUACGCUGAUCGCACUCGUCUCCCGUUUACGGAAGCCACUCUUCUCGAAGUAUUUCGCUUUUCUAAUUUCGGGCCGUUCCUGUUACCACACAGAGCGUUAGAAGAUGCACAAUUUGAAGGCUAUGAAAUUCCUAAAGGAACAACCGUGUUGGGACUUGUGUGGGCAAUUAACCGUGACCCCGAUUUAUGGGGAAAUCCGAGUGAAUUCCAGCCUGAAAGAUUUCUUGAUGAUUCUGGCCAAAUCGAUCAGCAAGCAACCGGAAAUGUUCUUGCAUUUUCUGUUGGAAAAAGAUCUUGUCCUGGUGAGCCCUUAGCCAAAAUGGAUUUGCUGAUCUUUUUCGCCUCGCUUCUGCAACAUUUCACAAUCCGAAAUGAAACGGACGAAGUGCCUUCGCUGGAACCAGUUAAUGGUUUAGUGUUGACGCCUCCACCAUAUCAGAUGAGAGUAUUCCUCCGGAAGUAAGGACAGGAAAACACCGUUUGUGAAACUUGGUACUUUAGCCAUCCCAGGUCUUUUCGCUGAUCUGUAUUAUAAUGCAGCUAACGCAAUGUUUUUGUGACCAAAUGGACAUUCGAGCAAUGUAGUGACUGCUCUAUGACCAAAUCGUACAGACUUAACCGAAUGUUUAAUUAUUUAAUAGCGCUCUCAAAAGCAGUGUUUCACGUACGUUCCCUGUGUAUGUUCGCACGAAAGUUUUCGUUGUACCUGAAAUGUGAUAAUCUCUUGCCGGUGCUAAAUUGUAUUAAAGGUUGAGGGUUAUGAUAGUGAUAAGAGCACAUAAUUUAGGGCUUACUUAGGUUAAUGGUUUCU